AAGGAGCCAUGUGAUUAAAUAAGGAUUUCGUCUAUAAAAGGCAGUUGAGAACUAUGGAAAAGUGGUACACAGAUCAACCAUGGCCAAGUUGAUUCUCCUUACCGGUCUGGCGCUUUUGCUGAAUGCUCAGCUGGGUUCUGCCUACCAGCUGACAUGCUACUUUACCAACUGGGCCCAGUACAGACCAGGCCUGGGAAAAUUCAAACCUGACAACAUUGACCCAUGCCUGUGUACCCAGCUGAUCUAUGCAUUUGCUGGCAUGAAGAACAACGAGAUUGCCACCAUUGAGUGGAAUGAUGUGACCCUUUACCAAUCUUUCAACGGGCUGAAAAACCAGAAUGGACAACUCAAGACUCUCCUGGCUAUUGGAGGCUGGAACUUUGGAACAGCUCCAUUCAAUGCAAUGGUUGCCACUUCCGCAACUCGUCAGACUUUCAUCAACUCAGUCAUCAAAUUCCUGCGCCAGUAUGAAUUUGAUGGGCUGGACUUUGACUGGGAGUACCCUGGCUCUCGAGGCAGCACUGCUCAGGAUAAGGCCCUCUUUACUGUUCUGGUUAAGGAAAUGCGGGAAGCCUUUGAACAGGAAGCCCAACAAUCCAACAAGCCCAGGCUCAUGGUCACUGCUGCUGUGGCUGGUGGACUUUCCAACAUUGAGUCAGGCUAUGAAAUUCCUCAGCUGGGCCAGUACCUGGACUAUUUCCAUGUGAUGACCUAUGACUUCCAUGGCUCCUGGGAGGGAUACACUGGAGAGAACAGCCCUCUGUACAGAGGUCCUGCAGACACUGGUGGCAACAUCUACUUCAAUGUUGAAUAUGCCAUGAACUAUUGGAAGAACAACGGUGCCCCAGCUGAGAAGCUCAUUGUUGGAUUCCCAACUUAUGGACACACCUUCAUCCUUAGCAACCCAUCCAACACAGCUGUUGGUGCUCCAACAUCUGGGGCUGGACCUGCUGGACCAUAUACAAGACAAGCUGGCUUCUGGGCUUACUAUGAGAUCUGCACCUUCCUGAAGAAUGGAGCCACUCAAGCUUGGGAUGGUCCUCAAGAUGUCCCUUAUGCUUACAAAGGCAAUGAAUGGGUGGGCUAUGACAACAUCAAGAGCUUCCAGAUCAAGGCUGAAUGGCUGAUGAAGAACAACUUUGGAGGUGCCAUGGUUUGGGCCAUUGACUUGGAUGACUUCACUGGAACUUUCUGCAACCAAGGCAAAUACCCCUUGAUCACUGCCCUGAAGAAUGCCCUUGGUCUUCAAAGCACCAGCUGUACCGCUCCUGCCCAACCCAAUCCUCCAAUCACAGCUGCUCCUAGCGGUGGGGGAAGUGGCAGUGGAAGCUCUGGCAGUGGAAGUUCUGGCAGUGGCAGCAGUGGUGGUAGCGGUUUCUGUGCUGGCAAAGCCAAUGGUCUGUACCCCGUGGCCAACAACAGAAAUGCUUUCUGGCACUGUCUGAAUGGAGUCACCUAUGAGCAGAAUUGCCAGGCUGGCUUGGUCUUUGAUACAAGCUGUGAAUGCUGCAACUGGGCAUAAAACCAGAUUAUCCAGCUCUUACCUAGGCUUUUCAAUUUAAAUUCAUGGCAGAAAAUUAAGAAAUAAAAGCUUGCAAGUUAAA